AAGUCAGGUUUGCGCUUGCCGACAUUAGGUCGGAUACCUUCUGCGGCACCGUCAGGCAACGAGUGACGAGUCCCUCCUACCCCUUUGUAUGCGAACCUUUCCACACUCGAGAGGGAGGCGGCUCGGAGACCGAAGACCAUGGUCGCCGCCCCUGUCUCCCUCGCUUUCUCCCACUCCUCUCUUCGCUCUCUCGCCUCGAUCUCUCCACUCCGCCUCCCUCCAUCGAUUCCAUCUUACAAACCCGUCCUCGUUCUCCGAACCCCUAGUUCUCGAUCGCCGGCGGCUUCCAUGAGCGUCGAGGCCCCCAAGAAGUCCCCCGAUGCCUUUUUAUUGGAUCGGAAGGAGUCCGGCCUACUUCAUUUCGUCAAAUACCAGGGCCUAGGCAACGAUUUCAUCAUGGUCGAUAAUAGGGAUUCCUUGGAGCCCAGUGUUACGCCCGAGCAGGCCGUGAAGCUCUGCGAUCGAAAUUUUGGCAUCGGUGCCGAUGGUGUAAUCUUUGCAAUGCCGGGGAUCAAUGGCACCGAUUACUCCAUGAGGAUCUUUAACUCGGAUGGCAGCGAGCCUGAGAUGUGCGGUAAUGGAGUGCGCUGCUUUGCUCGAUUUGUUGCGGAGCUUGAAAACCUUCAUGGGAUGAAAAGUUUUACGAUUCACACUGGGGCUGGUUUAAUUGUUCCAGAAAUCCAAAAUGAUGGAAAGGUAAAAGUGGAUAUGGGUCAGCCUAUUCUUACAGCACGAGAUAUUCCUACUAAGCUUCCAGGAAACAUGAAUGGAGCUGUCAUCCAAGCUGAAUUGGUAGUUGAUGGCAUACCAUGGAAUGUGACCUGUGUUAGUAUGGGAAAUCCUCAUUGCAUCACUUUUGGCAUGAAAGCAUAUAAGGCAAUGGAGGUGGAUGACUUGAAGCUCGAAGAUAUUGGUCCAAAAUUCGAGCACCAUGAAAUGUUCCCCUCUCGAAUUAAUACAGAAUUUGUGCAAGUCUUCUCUCGUUCACACCUGAAAAUGCGUGUAUGGGAGCGUGGUGCAGGAGCAACUCUAGCCUGUGGGACUGGAGCUUGUGCAGUCGUUGUUGCAGCAGUUCUAGAGGGCCGCACUGAAAGGAUAUGCAUUGUUGAUUUGCCUGGUGGGCCACUGGAGAUUGAGUGGAGGGAGGAAGACAAUCAUGUUUACAUGACAGGCCCUGCAGAGGUAGUGUUUUAUGGAUCUGUCCCCCUUUAGCUCAGCAUUUAGAUUAGUUUCUAAGACCUUUGCUCCAAGAGGACAUGAUAAAUGAGUCCAAUUGAAAGAUGUUCUGGAGUAUUAUUUGCAACAUGUAUAUUAAUGUCUGUAAACUGUCAGAAAUUUUGUUACUUGUAGUUUACAUGAUGACAUGUCACUCGCAAAUUGUAGCUACAGUCAGUUUGCUAUAUUAAGGCUCGUAACUACUUGCAGACGAAGUUGCUGCCUGACAGCUUUGUGCAGUUCUUCUUAUGCAGUGUUCA